CAUGCCACCGAGAAAUGGAUUGUUUAUGUUUCUGUGCUUGUUCACCCUUCAACUGAGCAUCAUCAAAGAUACCAACAGCCAAGACUUGUCUGGUCUCAGAACUGUGAGAUAUCGGCACUUCCUGGAAUCAUCGCGGCCGGUGAGAGCGAUGUCCCUUGGGCACGGGCUGAGCAGGAUCAGGGCCAGGAGGUCCACGGUGUUCUCCACGGGGGUCAAAGUCUGUCCGUUUGAGUCGAUGACCGAGGUCAUAGGCAGCCACCGGGCCUACUACAGGAUGAGAGUGUGCCAGGAGGCGAUAUGGGAGGCGUUCCAGAUCUUUCUGGACCGCGUGCCGGACAGCGAGGAGUACCAUCGCUGGGUGGAGGCCUGCCAGAAAGAGACUAUGUGCAUGGAGGACCUGGCCAGGAACUUCAGCAGCAGCCAAGAGCAUCUGGACAUGGUGGCACAGACGACAGGACCAAGGGAGGAGAUAGUUGUGGAGUUCAGCGUGACCAUCGUGGACCUAGGCAUCAGUCAGAUUCUGGCCAAACCAGAUUCUCCUGAGUACCAUGAGACAACACACAUUCUCAAUGAAAAGAUGCUCCGCAUCUUGGCCAAACUUCCUGGAUUUAAAGAGCUGCACAUGUUGGAAUUUCGGCCCUGGGACGUCUCUAUCCAUUACGCUGUGGUCUUUGAGUCCCCCUCUCAACUUAAAGAGCCAGGCGCUGUGGGGGCAGACUCCCUCACCAAAAUAGCCUUGCGGGAACUCGUUGCCAAAGCCCUGACGGAGGACACGUCGCUUCCAGUAUACGACGUACACUCACUCACUUUUGGCUCAGGAUCUGGUAUGAUACCUGAGGGACUGGAAGAGGUCAGCACCACAGCACCUACGCAGAUGCAUUCCCCGUCCACCGCUCCAACGCCAUCGGCGACAACGGACCUAACCGCAAUACCAAAACCUCACCUGAACCAAAACCUGGAAAUUUCUGAGGAGGACCAAAAGGACACAGACAUAGAGCCCAUUUACACACCUGAAGAACCCAUACUGACCUCCCCAGUACCUGGCACCACGUUGUCUGACGUGCCCAUGGACGUGCCAGCUCAGCAGGGAAGCCCAGAAGGUGGCCAGAACGUGCAGCGGGACAAUUCAGGCCCCAGGACAGACUUUGGUCUUGAGACAAACGAGAUUGAGAUGGUGGCGAUGGUGGUGCCAACGUCACAUCCGACAGUCGUGAGCACGCCAGCCAUGGGGGCAUCCAGCAGGCCCAAUGAUCUGGUGGUGUUCUUCAGUCUGAGAGUUACUAAUAUGGUCUUUUCUGAGGACUUAUUCAACAAGAACUCUCCGGAGUACAAAUCCCUGGAGAAUACGUUUAUUGAGCUGAGACAGUUUCCCGAUCCGAAGGAAUCUCCAAACCCUAAGAUGUCCUCUAAAAUGGAAGCAGGAAAGACAUUAGCCUCAGUACCGCUUCUGCCCUAUCUACAGUCAAACCUGACAGGAUUCAAAGAGCUCGAGAUCCUCAAUUUCAGGAACGGGAGCGUGGUGGUGAAUAGCAAGAUGAAGUUUGAGAAGCAAGUACCUUACAACGUCACCGAGGCGGUGGCUUGUGUACUGGAGGAGUUUUGCAAUACCGCGUCCCAGCGGCUUGACCUGGAGAUAGAUACCAGCUCUUUGGAUAUCGAAGCUGCUGAUCAGGCGGACCCGUGCAAGUUUAUGGCCUGCAACGAGCACUCCAACUGCGUGGUGAACACGUGGUCCACGGAGGCCGAGUGCGUGUGCGAGCCGGGCUACAGCGCAGAGAGCGGCCUGCCCUGCCAGAGUGUCUGUGAGGUGCAGCCCGACUACUGCCACAACGGCGGCAUCUGCGAGGUCGUCCCAGGAGAGGGUGCCACCUGCAGAUGCCCUGUUGGCAAAUUCUGGCAUUUCCACGGCGAGCACUGCGCAGAACUGAUGGCGGCAAACGUUGACCAAAAUCAGCUGCUGGCCUUCCUACUGGGCGGCUUGGCUGUGGUCACCCUGGCGAUAGCCGUGCUGGUUCUCAUUAACAAGAAAUGUAUAAGGACCAGAAAGACAGUGACGUUAAUGAAGCCUCAUGAGGCCUCUCCCUAUGAGAACUCAGUGAGGAUUAAUCCAAUUUUUCAGAAUGAUGACGGAGGCAUAACGCAACUUGCCAAAGUGCACUUCCCCUUGUGUACAGAGGAGGGCUCUUCCCAAGUCUCUGAGCAGGGCACCUUUCAAUCAAUACAUGAAAACAUACAUGUUAGCAUCGAGAUCCCCAGAUCAGUCCCCAGACAGCUCUACAACAGCAGAACCGACAAGCUAGUUUCAGACAUCGUAGACUUCCAUCAUUGCAUACCACAUGAUGAGGUAAGGGUGGUCAAAAAUGUGUGA